UGAAGGUAAAUGUAUAUUAUAUUUGGAUAGAUGAUGAUUAGGAUAACUCCUCAGCUCAGAGUUUCGUACGAAGAUUGAAUAUAGAGUACGUGUGACAACGCCAAAACUAGUAGCGUGUGGGGGAACCGACCAAUCUAAACCAAGGCAUCUCAAGUAUUGAACCUUCCUAAAUUCAGAUCAAGAUGGCAGACCACAUUAUUCCUAUUUUACUUCUCCCUCAACAUGCCAAAGUCACCACCUCAACCCUUCCACUCUUGAAGGCAAUCCAAAAAGUUCUGAAUGAGUCAUACACAGCUAAAUAUUGUGCGCAUCCCGAAAUCUUUGGAACGAACCAUAUUCGUCUAGGCGACCCGGCACAGCUAGCAGAAAUUAUUGGUGAAGAUGGCUUCACCAUCGUGUUGCUUCGUGUCUCAUUAGUUGGAACGAAUCAAAAGCGACAAGUAUGCGAGGUUGUGGCAACAGGUAGUGUCAAAGACUUUGGUGACGAAGACGUGGAGACAUACGUUCAAUGGAGUAAAAAUCUGGGUGGUAGAGAUUGGAUAGAGAAACAGCAACAACAACAACAGCAACAACGAGAUGGCAGCGAACAAGUCGCUGAACAGGAACAGAGGAAGGGGAAGGUGCAGAAGUAUGAGGUUACCGCUUUUGCUGUAUCACCGCAUUGUCAAGCUUCUGGGUUAGGUGCUCAGGUAUUGAAGGAGAUUCGUUGGCUGCUAUCAGAUGAUGGAUCUGGACAUGGUUCAAGAUUACAGCAUAUCAUUGCUAACGGUGUAAUCAUGACUGAUGGUCUGGAGCUGGCAGGCAGCCUUCCAAUAGAGGGAAUUGAUCUCGAUCGACAUAAGGAGACCGAAGCAAGCACAGACAUUGAAAAAGCGGCAGUAGACCUCCAAAAUGUACCUAAAUUGAAGCUGGUAUUAAUGGUUAUCAGAGAGCUAGGCACUGAGUCAUAUUACCAACGACGAGGUUUCAAGACUGUCUGGUCUGGGACGGUACCGGUGGGUAUGUGGGAUUGUAGAAAAGAGUGUACGAUGGUAUACAUGGAAAUGGAACUAACGUAAUAGGUUUUCCAAAAAAUUCUUAUUCAUAGGGUGAAGUCUGAGAUAUC